AUGGUCAGUCCACCCGUCAGCGCCCCCGAUCGCCUUUGUCACCAGCACGUUCGGCUGAUUUCGCCUCCGGACGAGGACAUAGUCCAGCAGGUGCCACUGACGCGGCCGAGGAUGCCUCCAGGCGGCCUUCUCUCGCUCCGACAGGCAGAAGAACGUGCUCAUCUAGAUGAGUCGGUGUUCUGCGCAGGUGCGGAGAAGCAGCAGAUCAUCGUCGUUCGAGCUGUGGAGACCGUGGGGACCCAGCACUCCUCUCCAGGCAGUAUGGUCUGUGCCGACGCGGGCGUUGAAGUCACCAAGGACAAUCAACUUGUCCGCCUUCGACACAGUCGCCAAGAGGGCGUGCAAGUCCUCGUAGAAUUUGUCUCCUGCGGCGUCGGGGUUGUUCAUCGGCGGAGCGUAGUCGCUGAUAAUGGUGGCGAAUCGGUCUCCCCGGAGAGGCAGACGGAGGCUCAUCAGGAGGUCCUUGAUUCCCUGCGGCAGACUGGGCAGUCGUCCCACGAUGUCGUUCCGGAUGGCGAAGGCGAACCCGCGUCUUAUCGCUCUGCCCUGGGUCGACCACUCCAUAAGAAGGUGUAG